AUGAGCCCGCAGUGGAUCCCCCAAAACAUCCAGAAGCGCUUGCUUCUCUACAUUCUCCAGCAGUUACAGCUUUUCUCCGCCAUCGACCUACCUAACUUGGAGGAAGUUUCGCUCAAUAACAUCUUACUCAAGGACAUCUCCAUCGACCCUGAGAAGGUCGGAAAGCUUCCUGGCUGUAAUCUACGUUUGGGAAAGCUCCGCAAUGUUGAGCUCAAUGGCGGAGUCAGCGGAGUGAACUUUGCCAUCUCAGGCGUUGAAUUGGUUAUAGCACCUAGUGUGGAUAACUUGGACGACGAUCUGAUGCAAUUUCUGUUAGCACAAAGUACUGCCAACUUGGCUAGCACUGUUAUGUUCGAGCAGGACGGUGAGAGCGCCGUAGAUGACGAUAAUGAUUCCGAUACAAGCAUAGAGUCCACAGCGUUGCCAAAAACAACGCGUUCUGGCUCCACAUCUUCAACAACAUCCAGAAGAAGCUCAACCAUAGGCGGAAUGAUGUCGCGGGCGGCAGAAAUUGCCUUGCUGAGACUUGUGGUGACGGUUUCAGACAUAAACAUCAAAUUUGUUUCUGAUCCUACCGAUAUCUUGAUCCACAUCGACACCGUGCUGUUCAACGCCAACAACGGCCUACGUUUUGUGGAAAUAUUGGGAGUGAAGAUUUCUACCCUCAAGCCUCGCGUUAACAAAGGACAUUGCGCUGAAUCUGACGUUCUGGACCAUGUACUGAGCACCAAUACUUCCGAGUCUGAGGACGAUUCGGAUUCGGAUUAUGUGGAUGAGUCGUUGAUGGAGAGCAUGGUCUUAAGUCCAGAGGAGGCUAGCUCAAUCUACAUGAGUGCUACAUCCCAGUCUUUCAACAAGGGAGAUCUAGCAUCUGCCCAAAGUGAUGAGGCCGUGAUGGCAUACAUCGACCACAUAUCGUUGAGCUUUGAAGGACUCUCUCCCGUUUCCGACAUGAAGGUUGACAUUGGCACUAUCAAUGUCGCUGCUGUACCUCUCGUGCCUACCGCUUCCCUUGCUUGCAACUGCAUCUCCAAGAUGUUGAAGUUGAAGAUCCAUCAGCUCCGCAAACAGAACGCGGCACUCAGACGUCACAGCAAGUCUUCGACUAAAUUCCCUGAAUAUGACCAAGAUGAUGACCAUUUUGAAGACGACUCUAAUGAAGAUACUGAUCCUUUAAUUGUUGCUUUCAGUAAGUUGCAUGUUGAGGCCAUAGUUGUGAGUCUCACUUCUGCUUUAACAUCCAGCGGAGCUUUUGCUUCGACUUCUGACGAUGUUAGCAUUGAUUUGCGCAACUUGAAUGUCAAACAGAAAAGCGCUAAUUUGAUAUAUGGAGGUAUUGAGAAGUUCUCUAUCAAGAAGUACACUCAAGGUGCAGAGUCGUCUGUAUUUGAAUUUGAAAACACAAAGGUUCUGACAGCCACUUCUGACUCUUCGUCAUCAUCGGGAGCUCCUUCUACGUCGGCUUCGGCCUCCCUGUCCAAAGCUGAUGUUCGUUUUGAAUUCUUCAGAAAAACUGAAGAAAAACAAGCUACUUCUGAAAUCACUGCCUUGCUUUCUAAGCCAGCAAUGCUCUCUUUGGACAGUGUUUCACUCCAGUACUUGAUCCACUUUGCAUCGUCUCUCACCACAGUUUACGAGAGCUUGAACGGUAUGUUGGACAACCUCAAGUCUGUAAAAGAUCUAAAUACUAUGGUCAAUCUGUCACCGGCAUCGCCUAAUCCAGGAUUUGAAGAGACAAAUCAGUUUUUAUUGCAAACAUCGUCUUUCAAUAUCAAUGUUCAAUUGUCCCCGUCAACUCAACUUAAGGCUGUUGUCUACCCGAUUUCCUUUAACAAGAUUCAGGAGCAAAUGUCCUUGCAGCGAAUUAUAAUCCUGUCCAUCAUAGAUCAGGUUGAGGAGCAAAUCUUUACCGUACCAAAUAUUAUCAUGAAACUCAAACCUCAAGAGUUCAGGCAUUUUUUAUAUCGCUCCUCCACUUCCACUCCUCGUGAGUUGACAUUGCAAUGUUCUAAUACGCUAUCAUGCGGAACGAUAAAGGGCUCAAUGGAAUUCAGCACUCUAAUUAAUAUCAAACAAGCAUUUAUGGAAUUUUCUCAGGAGUUUCUGAAUUAUUCUAACUUAGUGAAUGCUUUGGACACGGCGUUGUCGAAACCUCUGGAAAAGAUCUCUUCCUUUGGAUCAGCAGGUUCAUACGCCAGUUCAAUUUAUUCUAACCAGACGAGGUUUCGCAGAAUGAAAGGCUCACAAACCCCGUCCGUUACGUUUGGAGAACUGUUACGUCCUUCUGUGGCAUCUUUCAGAUUGUUUAUCAAGCAAAUCAACUUCUCGGUGAAGAACCUCUUUGAGCACUUCGGAGAUAUGGACUUCGAAAUCGACCAUUUUGAGUUGAGCCAGCAAGCUGGGAACACUCAUGGUUUUGUGAAGUCAGUUGGGGCAUUGAGAAGAUUGAAGGCCGGUGGUUUGACUCAGCCUUUCUUGACUGGCUUUACUAAUUCCCCCUCUACCACCCCUAUGGCUUUCUUCGUUCUUGUGUCCAACGAGAAGAACUCUUCGAUGGAUUUCGUUCUUCGUAGAUUUUGUGUCGAAUAUUAUGCCAAUUGGAUAGAACUUUUGAAGAGAGAUGUCACUGAGGGGCAUAACGCCGAGGAAAUAGUUCAGGUUACAACUCCAGCCAAUCCUCCAACCUCCACAAAGCGCUCAGAUAUACAUGUUUCAUUCAAUGACUUUGUCGUCGGCAUGAACCCCUAUAGACUUAACAGUAAGUUAAGUUUAGCAGUUUCCAGGGGUAACAUGGACUUUACCUCAGGGAAGGAGCAGUUUUAUAUUAAGAGUUCCUUUCGUGAACUCUCUCUCUUUUUGAUCGACGAUAAGAAUAAUAUCAAGAAUGCUACGGAGAAUUAUUCACAAUCUACUCCUCAAUCCAUUUUGACCUCAAUGGGACAUGUGAUGAUCGGGCACAUUAACUCUUCGCAUCUUGGAGUUACUGUCAACACUGAUGUGGGUGAGAUCAAAAGACGGAAUCAACGUUUAGGUAUUCGAGGUGAUCUCUCUCUAGUUGAUGUCAAGAUUAACUCCGACGAACACCAAAUUGAGCUCUGUGCUGAUUCCGCACAUACAUUGGGUCAGACUGUUAAUGACUUGAAAGCGCCAGCAGUGUUCAUGAGUGAGGACAAAUUCAGAGUUAAAGUGGAAGAGGGUUUAAAGCUUCCUAACGAAAUUCUUGAAGAGAUCCAAGCUUUACGGAAAGGUGGUUCUAAGAAUUUUGCCUCUAAUCAUCAAACUUCUUCUGCGAAACUAACAAAGCCUGCUAAAAAAGAUUCAGAAGAUUUUUUCAUUGUUGAUGACUACUAUAACGAUAUUCCAGGGCCAGACGUCAAUAUUGAACUGGGAGUGAGCAAGUUGAGUUUGGACUCAUCUUCCAACAGCAAUAUCGACUCAUCUUCAAUUUUGGUUGUUGAGGAUCACUUUUCGGAGAAAUCUUCAAAAAGUGAUAUCAACAUAUAUCCAUUCAGUUUCAACAUUAAUCUCUCGAAGACAAAAAUAUACUUGUAUGAUGGGUUUGACUGGAAGCAGACACGCAAGACAUUGAGAAAAGCAGUGAAAAAAUUGGAAGGUAAAGCUAAACAAGCUUCAGAAAGAAAGAAAAACAAGCAACUGACCAAAGAAGAAGACUCUUUACCAAAAAAUUCUUCGGAAUUGUUGAAGGGUAGUCCCCCAAUAUCUGAGCAUGUUGAGCCACAGUUUUCUACGAGUGUGGUUGAAGAUGAUGAUGAUGAUGAUGCAGAACCAUUUGAGGCAAUUUCUGAGAAUUUGUUUCAAUCAAUCAAUUUAUCCUUACCUGAAGGGACAUCUCCAAGUGAAUUAGUUGCCCAUAUAAACUCGCAAGUGCAAUUUGACCAGAUUAAUAACCAACAAGAUGGAGAAAUCAAGGUAAAUGUCGAGAAGCAUUACAAAGAAUUAAGACUAAAUCGUUCCAAUAUUCAUAAAGUGUUGGUGGACUUGAAGAACAUCGAAAUCAACUUGACUAACUUUACAAGCAAUGAUCCUCGAGUGGAUAGGGUAACUGAGAAACAAGAGUUUGAAAAAGUUAACAAUAUCGAUGUGAGAUUGGACUCAAUCACUGUUUUUGAUAACGUGCCCACGUCUACUUGGAACAAGAUUUUGACUUAUAUGAGCAUCCUUGGAGAACGAGAAAUUGGAACCAGCAUGCUCAAGUUUAGCUUGAUGAAUGUCAGGCCAGAUCCAACUUUGGCAUAUACGGAGGCUCUUAUAAACGUCUCAAUUCUUCCAGUCAGACUUUAUAUCGACCAGGAUACCUUAGAAUUUAUCACUCGAUUCUUUGAGUUUCGGGAUACCAGAUUUCAGCUCCCCGCGGACGAAAUGGUCUAUAUUCAGAAGCUUGUGGUUGCUCCGUUGAAAUUGAAGUUUGAUUACAAACCUAAAAAGAUCGACUAUUCUGGUUUGAGGUCUGGAAAUCACGCUGAAUUCGUUAAUUUCUUCAUCCUAGAUGGUUCGGAUAUUGCCUUGAGAGAAGCUAUUGUCUAUGGGGUUCCGGGAUUCCCCAAAUUGGGGCAGGCCCUAGGAAAUGUGUAUGCACCCUACAUUCAGAAGUAUCAGCUUGCUGGACUCUUAGCAGGUUUAUCACCUGUGCGUUCCAUUGUUAAUAUCGGGGGAGGUGUCAAAGACUUGGUGACAGUACCAUUGAAGGAAUACAAGAAGGACGGACGUCUUAUGAGAAGUCUUCAAAAAGGAACGAAGUCUUUCGCUAAGACCACAACCUAUGAGUUAUUGAAGCUUGGUGUGAAAUUGGCUUCGGGCACCCAAGUCAUGCUCGAGAAUCUGGAAGAGUACUUUGGUGGAGAAGGAUUGACUGCAAGGAAACCUCGCAAAGAAAUGAAGACGAAUGUACGAGAAUUUAAACACAGAAGUGGGGCAAAGAAGAACGGUAUCUUGGAAUCGUCACUCUUGCUCAAGAAUUCCGUACAGAUUGAUCGUGAUCCAUAUACAAGCCAGAAAUUGUAUUCGGCAUUGGACGAGGUAAACGAGGAAGAUCUGGAGUUCGACGAGUUGCAGCCAUCUAUUCUUGUUUUCGAUGAAUCGAGCAAGUCAGGUACGCCUGAUGUCCAUCGAUCUAAGGACGAAGAGGAGGAUCAGGACGAGGAAGAUGGUGAAUAUACUGAGAAGAUGGUCAGUCUAUACUCCAACCAACCAGCCAACGUCAAGGAGGGAUUGAAAUCUGCCUACAAAUCUCUCGAGAAAAACAUAAAGACAACCAAGAAAAAGCUUAUCGGAUUGAGAAACGAUCUUCAAGAUGCCGAGAAUUUUCAAGAGCUGCUCGCAACAAUUGCUAAAUCUUCGCCUGUUAUAGUAAUCCGUCCAAUGAUUGGCACUACCGAGGCAGUUAUGAAGACCCUCAUGGGGUUAGGGAACGGCAUCGAUUCCCGGUAUAUGACGGAAAACCAAGAUAAGUAUCGCAGCGAUAGGAGCUCACAUGGGGAGGACUAG